AUGCCAACUGAGCCGUUUUGUACUGACAAGUCACAACACCCCUACGCACUCGGACCCCGUUGGUACCCUAAAAUACCAACAAUGCUACGAGGCUGAGGGCUAACAAUUUUCAGUGUAAAACCUCCGCCACCCCCCUGUUUUGCUGUUCCCUUGCUCUCACCUCCCGAACCGGCGGCGGACGGUUUUCCCUACUUUCUACCUCAGUCAGCUCUCCUUGUCCUUUCAUCAUCGUUUCCUUGUUUUUGUCUCAGUUAGUUCGUCGUAGGGAUCUCUUAUUGGAAAUACAGCAAAUGGAGGAGGUUUGCGAGGGGAAGGAUUUCUCCUUCCCGAAGCAAGAAGAGAAAACUUUGAAGUUCUGGGACGAGAUUAAAGCCUUCGAGAACCAGCUCAAGCGUACGGAGCAUAUGCCCGAGUAUGUUUUCUACGACGGCCCUCCUUUCGCCACUGGGUUGCCCCAUUAUGGCCACAUCCUCGCCGGGACGAUCAAGGAUAUAGUCACGAGGUACCAGACAAUGAUUGGGCAUCACGUCACGAGGAGAUUCGGGUGGGAUUGUCAUGGGCUUCCGGUUGAGUACGAGAUUGAUACCAAGUUAGGUAUCAAGAACAGGCAAGAAGUGCUGGAUAUGGGAAUUGAUAAGUACAACGAAGAGUGCCGGAGUAUCGUAACGAGGUACGUCGAGGAGUGGGAGAAGAUUGUGACGAGGACGGGGAGGUGGAUUGAUUUCAAGAACGAUUAUAAGACCAUGGAUCCUCAGUAUAUGGAAGGGGUUUGGUGGGUCUUCUCUCAGCUUUAUGAGAAAGGUCUGGUCUAUAGAGGGUUUAAGGUAAUGCCAUACAGUACUGGUUGCAAGACCCCGCUUUCCAACUUUGAAGCCAACUUGAACUAUAAGGAAGUUCCAGAUCCUGAAAUAAUGGUGGCCUUCCCAAUUGUUGGUGAUCCACAUAAUGCAUCUUUUGUAGCAUGGACAACAACCCCAUGGACUCUACCUUCUAAUCUUGCUCUUUGUGUCAAUGCAAAUUUUGUCUAUGUGAAGGUCCGUGACAAGUUGUCUGGAUCAACCUAUGUUGUUGCUGAAUCUCGGUUAUCUCAACUACCUGUCAAGAAGCCAAAACCAGAUGCACAGUAUGGUCCAAUUCAAGAUUCAAAAUCUUCAAACUCCAAAAGCAAGAGUUCUUCCAAUAACAAAGAUAAGAAUGGAAUGGAUACUGGAUCUUAUGAGUUGUUAGAGAAAGUCAGUGGUGCUUCAUUGGUGGGAACAAAAUAUGUCCCAUUAUUUGACUACUUUAAGGAAUUUUCAGAGGUUGCAUUUAGAGUUAUUGCAGACAAUUAUGUUACUGAUGAUAGUGGGACUGGCGUUGUUCACUGUGCACCUGCAUUUGGUGAAGAGGAUUACCGUGUCUGCAUUGAGGCACACAUAAUCAAUAAGGGAGAGAACCUURUUGUGGCAGUUGAUGAUGAUGGCUGCUUUACUGAAAAAAUUUCUGAAUUCAGUGGGCGUUAUGUCAAGGAUGCAGAUAAGGAUAUUAUUAAUGCACUAAAGGCAAAAGGCAGGCUAGUUAAGUCUGGCAACUUUACCCAUUCUUAUCCUUUUUGUUGGAGAUCUGAUACACCACUUCUUUAUAGAGCAGUUCCAAGCUGGUUUGUUGCAGUAGAAAAAUUGAAAGAAAAACUGUUAGAAAAUAACAGACAGACAUAUUGGGUUCCGGAUUACGUUAAGGUGACUGACCUGCAUCGGCACAAGAUUGACCAUAUCACCAUUCCUUCCAGUCGUGGUCCUGAAUUUGGUGUUCUUCGCCGUGUUGAUGAUGUUUUUGAUUGCUGGUUUGAGAGUGGAUCCAUGCCGUAUGCAUAUAUCCAUUAUCCAUUUGAGAAUGUUGAGCUAUUUGAAAAUAAUUUUCCUGGGCAUUUUGUGGCUGAGGGGCUUGAUCAAACUCGUGGCUGGUUCUAUACUCUUAUGGUGUUGUCCACUGCAUUAUUUGGAAAACCUGCAUUCAGAAAUCUUAUUUGCAAUGGUCUUGUCCUGGCUGAGGAUGGGAAAAAGAUGAGUAAAAGAUUGAGGAACUACCCUUCGCCUAUGGAAGUUAUAGGCGAUUAUGGAGCUGAUGCUUUGCGAUUAUACAUUAUCAAUUCUCCAGUUGUACGUGCAGAGCCAUUAAGGUUCAAAAAGGAUGGAGUAUAUGGUGUUGUGAAAGAUGUGUUUCUUCCAUGGUAUAAUGCAUACAGGUUCCUUGUUCAGAAUGCUAAGAGACUUGAGGUUGAGGGGUCUGGGUCAUUUGUACCUAUUGACAUGGUCACUCUUCAGAAGUCACCAAAUGUGCUUGACCAAUGGAUCAACUCUGCYACUGAGAGUCUUGUGCACUUUGUCCGUCAAGAAAUGGAUGCAUAUCGACUAUACACGGUGGUACCAUAUCUCUUGAAAUUUAUAGACAACCUAACAAAUAUAUACGUGCGGUUUAAUCGUAAGAGACUAAAAGGCCGAACAGGAGAAGAAGACUGCAAAAUGGCACUAUCAACUCUUUAUCAUGUGCUCCUAACUACAUGUAAGGUGAUGGCACCAUUUACGCCUUUCUUCACUGAGGUUCUUUAUCAAAACAUGCGCAAGGUUUGUGAUGGAUYGGAGGAAUGUAUUCACUAUUGCAGUUUUCCUCAAGCAGGAGGAAAGAGGGAGGAACGCAUUGAACAAAGUGUUGCAAGAAUGAUGACAGUUAUUGAUCUUGCACGCAAUAUCCGUGAACGUCACAACAAGCCUCUGAAAACACCACUUAAGGAGAUGGUUGUAGUUCAUCCUGAUUUGGGAUUUCUUGAGGAUAUUGCUGGAAAACUAAGAGAGUAUGUGCUGGAAGAACUCAAUAUCAGAUCAAUUACUCCAUGUAAUGAUUCUUUGAAGUACGCUUCUUUACGUGCAGAACCUGAUUUCAGUGUAUUAGGUAAGCGGCUUGGAAAAGCUAUGGGAAUUGUUGCUAAAGAGAUUAAAGCAAUGUCUCAAGCAGACAUAUUAGCAUUUGAGAGAGCUGGAGAAGUAACUAUUGCUGGGCACUGUUUGAAGCAGACUGACAUUAAGGUUAUCCGUGAUUUCAAGCGUCCAGAUAAUUUGACACAGAAGGAAAUAGAUGCAGCUGGAGAUGGUGAUGUUUUGGUGAUUUUGGAUUUGCGUGCUGACGAGUCAUUGUUUGAGGCUGGAGUGGCUCGAGAGGUUGUAAACCGAAUCCAGAAAUUACGAAAAAAGGCUGCAUUGGCACCUACUGACAUGGUGGAGGUGUACAUUGAAUCACUAGAUGAUGAUAAAUCCAUAUUACAGCAUGUUCUGAAUUCACAGGAGCUCUAUAUCAGGGAUGCACUUGGUUCUCCCUUGCUUAAUUCAUCUAUGGCACCACCACACUCUGUUAUAGUUUGUGAGGAGAGGUUCGAGGGUAUAUCUGGAUUGUCAUUUGUUAUUGUUCUGGCAAGGCUUGCUCUAAAGUUCAACUCAGAUGCCAUUUAUUCUUUAUACUCGGGAGAUGCAAAAUAUUCAGAAAGUUUAAAGACCUACUUAUUGUCAAGGGAUCAUUAUAACCUGAAGUCAGAAUUUCAACUUGGAAAUGGAAAGAUACACGUCAACUGUAUUGAGAAUCAGCCAGCAGUGGAUGUGGUGUUAGGUAAGCAUGUGUUCUUAAGCAUUGGCGAUUACUAUCUCAGAAGAACUGAAUGAAGAAAGUAAAUUUUUUUUAUUAUUACUCAGAAAGAAACGCAAAUGAUAAAUGAAUGUCAAAUAAUAGUUUCACUUAGCCCAUUUUUUUUGUAUGUUUAUUUUCCAAGGAAACAAUUGUAGUCGUUUUGUAUGUACUAGUUGAGU